AUGCGAAGCUUAAUUUCAGCUUACGUCAACACAUACAGGAACACAUUUGCAGUCGAUAUCUUGGAACGGUUCAAUCUUGUUCAAGUUGAUGAGCACUUUGCUUUAAAAGAUGAAUCUGAUGACUCUUUGUGUAAAGAAGACAUCUCCAAGGAUGUGCCCAAUGCAGAUUUAGAAGCCCUAGAGAAGCAACCCAGCGGUAAUGUUACUCUUGCAAGUGCUGGUGGUAUUAUCUCUGCUGGUGAUGACAAUUCGGGAGAGUUGAAAGAUGCAAAGGAUGCUACUGAUCCAUAUCUAGUACAAUUUAGGGGCACUAAAGACCCUGAUCAUCCUCAUAAUUGGUUAGGCUUUAAAAAAUUUGUGGUUAUUUUAGAGAUUAUGUUGCUCACGUGUGUGACAUACAUGGGUUCUGCGAUAUACACUCCGGGUCAAGAAGAAAUCCAGAAAGAAUUUGGUGUGGGGCACGUUGUGGGGACUUUAAAUUUGUCCAUGUACGUGCUUGGUUACGGUUUAGGUCCAAUGGUGUUCUCACCGUUAUCAGAAUUUGCUAUGUACGGUCGCCAACAAUUGUACAUUAUUACUCUUUUCCUUUUUUCUAUGCUUCAGAUUGGUUGUGCACUGGUGCAUAACAUUGCAGGUUUAGUCAUUUUGCGGUUUAUCACUGGUAUCCUAUGUUCGCCUUCAUUGGCAACAGGUGCCGCUUCCAUUGGUGAUAUUGUAACACCCCAAUGGGUACCUGUAUUUAUUGGUAUGUGGUCUAUCGGUGCAGUGGCGGCUCCGGUUACGGGGCCAUUGCUAGGUGCCUCAAUGGUGGUUGCCAAAAACUGGAGAUGGAUCUUUUGGCUGCUUAUGUGGAUGAGUGCAGCCUUGUUGAUCGUUUUAAUUUUUUUCUUUCCAGAAACUGGUGAAGACAAUAUUUUGUACCGCCGUUGUGUGAGAAUAAGAAAGAUUACAGGUGAUGAUAGGUAUUACACUUUCAAAGCUCGUGAAGAAGCUAAGCUCACAUUUAAGGAUAUUGCAGUUGUGGCACUUUAUAGGCCAUUUGAAAUCAUCGUCAAGGAACCCAUCGUUUUGGCUCUGGAUAUUUAUAUCGCCUUAUGUUACGGUACUUUUUACCUUUUCUUCGAAGCUUUCCCAAUUGUCUUCGCAGGUGUUUACCACUUCACGCUAAUUGAAUUGGGAUUGGCAUAUAUGGGAUUCUGUGUUGGGUGUGUCUUUGCUUAUGCUAUUUCUUUAAUCUUUCUCAGUCAGUAUGGUGCUAGACAAGCUAAAAAGAAUCGGUUUACACCGGAAACCUUCCUAGUUCUUGCUAUGGGCGUGUGUUGGUGCCUACCGCUAGCGCUAUUCCUCUUCGGCUGGGCUGCCAGCGUUCACUGGACAUUGCCUAUGCUUGCCGAGAUUUUUUUCGUUAUCUGCGUUUUCAAUCUAUUCCAAGCUACAUUCUCCUACCUGGCAAUGUCGUAUCCAAAGUACAUGGCGUCUGUUUUUGCAGGUAAUGGUGUUAUGCGGGCAGGAUUCGCGUGUGCUUUCCCACUAUUUGGUAAGGCGAUGUAUGACAACUUGGCUAUAAAGGGCUAUCCAGUAGCAUGGGGGUCGUCAUUGCUAGGAUUUUUCUCUAUUGGUCUAGCGGUAUUACCGUUUCUGCUAUACAAAUACGGGCCAUACUUGAGAAGCAAAUCUAAGUUCUCGGGAUAA